AUGCCAGACAAGUUUGAUGACAAGGGUUUCAAAACAUGGCAGAAGAAGAUGAUGUUCUUCCUCACAACAUUGAAACUGGACAAGUUCAUCCAGGAGGACAAGCCCUUGAUCCCUUACGGGAUUGAUGAUGUGCACACUCUCGCAAGUGUUGACAUAUGGAAUCACUCCGACUUCAUCUGCAAAGGUUACAUUUUGGGUCGCCUCAUUGACCCAUUGUACCGAGUCUAUUGUGAAAUUCCCACGGCGAAGGAGCUAUGGAGAUCACUAGACAAGAAGUACCGAGGUGAAGAUGCUGGCUGUCAGAAGUAUGUAGUGGCAAAAUUCGAUGACUUCAGAAUGGUGGAUUCAAAACCCAUCAUGGACCAGGUGGAAGCAUUUCAGCUCAUUUGCCAUGAAAUCGCUGCUGAAGGAAUGUCCAUCUCCGAGACAUUCACAACUCUCAUGUUCAUUCAAAAGCUUCCUCCAAGCUAUGUUGAUUUCAAGAACUACCUGAAGCACAAGAAGAAGAAGAUGGGUCUUGAGGAGCUCAUCAUGAGGGUUCAGGUGGAAUCCAGGAACCGAGCUGCUGACAAGGACACAACUAAGGAGCACAGUGUCAACAUGGCUGAGCACAAAGGCAAAGGAAAGGCACAUGCCCACUCGCCUGCUAAGCCCUCCAAAGGCAAAGGAAAGGCACAUGCCCACUCGCCUGCUAAGCCCUACAGCUCUUCAAGCUUCUGGAACCAACUUCAAGAAGAAAGGCACUGA